UUUUAAAAGUUUUUUUAUUUGAAGAGCAUUAUGUACAUGCCUGCCCAGCUGUCUCUUGGCCAUAAAACAGUAAGAAAGAAAGGUUUCUGCAGUGAAUAGUGUGAGCCCUGAUGGGCUCUGAAGUAGCCUUGUUUGCUGCUGCCCAAUCAUCUGUGUGGUCAUUUGGGGCAUCCCUGAGCUGCAGGGUCCUGGCGUUUGGCCUAGAGAGCAUCCAGCCCCAGCUGGAAAAAACCCCCAAACCAUUCCUUUGUAGGCAGUGCAAAGCCUUCAGUGUUUAUUAAUUCUAAGUUGAAACUAACAUCUUUGUUAAUUUUUAUUGCAGAUACUGACUUUGUUUAGAGGGGAAUAAUGGAGGCAGAGCGGCUUUCUACUUGUUCUGUAUACUUGUACCCUGUUGAAAUGUUGAACUGUUUGUUGAACCCAUGUGUAAAAUAAGGAUAGUAAACUUUAUUUAGCUUUGCCCUAGGCAAAUUACUGAAUUGCUAAAUGCUUGUAGAAGCCAUGAUAAACGAGCAUGUUAUCUCAUGACCAUCAGAUUUCAAUUUACAAGAACGUUAAACUUCCCUUGCAUUAGCCAAACGGCAGGAUCACAGCAUUAAGAGUUUUUGCAACUACAGAUUAUAUUACUAUAUUCCGUUAUCCCUCUUGGCAACUACUCUUGCUGAUUAGAUUUGCCCCUCAAAAGGCUGAUCUACGUUAAUGUUGAUUGGACCGUAGGACUAAGCGUGAAAGCACUUAAAACUUUAUUCACAAAGGCGCUAAAACGUGAUGUGAUUUACAUUUGAAUUGUAUUGUUCUGGCCAGGUGAGACCAGAGUCGACUAUAUAAAGGCUGGCUCGCCUUCUCCAGAAAUGGCCUGGUGUUUCUUCCAGCACCGGUUGCGGUUGCUCUCAGGACCGGUAAAAAUACUUCGUUGGCCGUUUGGAAGCGCAAAGAACUCUAGAAUCAUCCUGAAGGCAAGUUCGGAGUGGAUUCCUAUCCCUUUCAGUCGUUGUCUAGGACUUCGGCGGAUCGGUUGGGCUUGAUCAGAGAGAGAGGACCUGUGUCGAUCCAGAGGCGAGAAACUUGGGAACUUGGGCUCAGCUGAUCUUCAGCCGCUUGAAGAUGGCAACUAAAAGGCGCGCGCGAGGAACUGAAUAUAGCGGGGUGAUAACCACGUCGAAAUGGAAAAGAAGUAAGUGCGGCGCUGCGCAGCUUGCCGGGGUCGAGCUGUGGCGGGGGAGCCACGUGGCGCGUGAAGCCACAAAGGGGAGCCUUUCCUUUAGGAUGCUGCAGGCGAAGCAGCCGCGGAAGAGGACGGCGGUCUGCCCGUGCCUGCGCGCCCCAAAGCGGCUCUCCCCGCGGCCGGCGGAUCUCGCUCCCGAACAAGGUGCCCCGGCUGAUCUCUCAGGCCAUGCUCAGCUGCGUCACGGGCGGCAGGUCCCGCCACCAGGGCCCUUCUCCUGGGUUUAGGCUCGGGGAAGCCAACCCUCCAUGUUCUCGGCCUGUGCCUUGGCGCACUUAACAUGGAGGCGCUCCUUUCAAGGGCAGCGGGGUUUGCCGUUUCCAUUGGAAACGCACCUAGUAUCUGGGCUCUGAUCGUCCAGGGUUGUAUCUUUUCCCCACCCCCUCCUUCCCAAAUGAGAUGGAUCCGGGUGCCUGGGGAGGGGCUGCGUGCUUAUGAUUUGCGUUUUUGGUAACGUAUCGCGGCCGCGACAAUCGGAGAAAAUGUCUCCCGUCACGACGGCGAGCCUCGAUUCCUCGGCGCGGCUCAACCGCCGCUGAUCACGUGGAGAGCGGGGGGAGGGGAAAAAAGAAAGCGGCUGUUCGCAUCCCCGCCUCGGUGCUCGGCUGCUUCCGCCUCGGCGCUCGGAGCGUGAGGCGUUAGCUGGCGUGCUGCGCUCGGCUGGCUCCGCCUGACUCAGUCGAGAGAGGGGCGCGGAACGGAGCGGGAGCAGCUGGGCUGAGCGGAGGGGCCCAGAGGGCGCGGCGGCUGGAAGAGCAGCGGGGGCCGGGCCGGGCUCGCUGGCGGGCGGGCGACGGGGGCCGAAGCCUGGCGUCAGCGGCAUCCGAGAGGCCCGGGGGCUGCCCCUGUGCUGGCCGCCUCGAGAAGGCCGCGGCGGCCGCGCUCCCCCUUGCCCGGGCCGGCCCCGAGUCCCGGGGCUAGGAUGCGCCCGCUCGUCCCCCGGCACCGGCAGGCAGCUCCCGGCCCGGCCCGUGGCUGAGACACCCCCAACGGCGGCGAGUAAGUGCCCGCGCGGCCCCUCGCGGGGAGGCCUCGGGGUGGGAUGCAGCGGGCGGGGACGGCGCUCUGUCGUGGGCUGUGGGCAGGUCGCUUCUCGGGUUCAGAGGCCGCCAUCGUCGCACUCGAGGGCCGCGGAGGCCUGGCUGGGGAGGCGGAGGCCGAGCGUUGCCAGCCAGAUCGCGUAGCUCUUGGGAGGUGGGGGAGUCGCCCGUCGAGGGGCGAGUCUCGGGUUCCUGUAUUUCUCUUGCUUAUGCGGCCCCCGCUCCGUAACAACCUGUUAAUUCACGAGGCUCCCCUCACCACUGUAAAAAACAAAAAUGUCCAGCGAGUGGGGCGCUGUGUAAUCCUUUCCCAUUACGCCCGUCGCUGGGGCCUCCGGUUAGUGAGUGGGCAGGGCAUUUUCACAUUUUCUCCCCCCCCCCCCGCCUUCCGCCUCUGCCAAGUUUAAACUACAGUUCAUUGAAAUAAGUCCCUUUUCAGAACUUACUCCAGAGGCAUCUUCUACCGCCAUCGUCAGCUUUCCUGUACUUGUGCUUAUUCAUUUAAUUACUACUUACGUUUUAAUCGCCCCUCUCAAGAUAUAUAUCCUUCCAAGGUGGGGUGGCUUAUCAGAAAUAUUAAAGCACAUUUAUUAUACAAAUAUUAAAGCACACUUUAAGAAAACGUACUAAAGAAAAUCAUAUUAAAAAGUCUUCUGCUGCUCCUCACCCUGCCCUGUAGCAGAAUGACCCUGUUGUGGGGAGUGGAUAGUCCAUAGUCCAGCACAGGCUCUGAGAUGGUCUUCAUUUCUUGUCUUUGCUGGAAUCCUUCAAACAGGACGCUUGGGUGUGGAUUAUGGGGACAUAAAAAGCUGCUUUAGAAUGAGUCAGAUCACUGGUCCAUUUUCGCUAAUGUUGUCUACACUGGCAGGCACCAGCUCUCCAGAGUUUCGGAUGGGAUGGUUUAGAGACUCUAGCCCUACUUGGAGAUUUUUGUGAGGGAGAGCUGCAGGGGGAUUGCUAGGCGGUUCUGUUGAACUGAACUGGAACCUUUAGCAAAAAUGUUAAUGUGUUUUAACAAGUAGAAAAACCAAAGCGUAAGUCAUUCUUCAGUAAAAUGUGCUCAUAUGAAUUCCACUCAGUGGUAUUGUGAUUCUGUUCCCAUAGCAAAAGUUUUCACUAUGAGAAUACUUGACAUUUUAGUAGCUGAACAAGUGAUCUCUUGGUUUACAGCUGGUGGUUUUGAUAAACUCAAAUGCUUUGCAUGCAUUGUGGCAUUCUGUUGUUGCAAAUGCUGUUAUUAAAUCCAUCACAGAAUGAUUAUGCUUGGAGUCAAAGCAGGUAUUUAGUGCUGUAUUCAGAGGGUAUCCAGAUAACCUGUUUCAGUGUUCCUAGAUGGGUACAGGUAUACAUAGCAAAAUUCUGUAGCUAGACUAAAGCCAAAGCCUGAUAUUAUCAACUGUAGAAAAAACUGGCCUUAGUUUGUUCCUCAGGCUGUAAAACAAUUGUUCACUUUGCUUGCAAGAUCUAUAAUGGGGGCUCUGAGUUUAUCAUAGAAAACAACUUGGGCCUUGAAAUCAUCAAUUGGAGUAGGCAUUAUGAAGUGAAUAAAGGUUCUAAAAAUGCUCUUUUUCAUUAUUGAUAUUUUGUUGGUGAGGCUGAUGCAUGUGCACUUAAAGAUAUUUUCUAAGACCCCAUAAAGUGCAUGAGGGAUAACAUGCUUUAUAUUAACAUCUUAAAGCAAGUAUUGUACUACAUUGCUUGAAGCAGAAUAUAGCUUUAAUUUUACUUCCUGCUUAUGAACAAAAGCUAAAUGCCUUGUACAGAACCAAAUAUUUAUGUAGUCUAGGACUGUGGUAUCUUCGUAAGCUCUGGAUGUGUGUUGAUGUAGUAAAUGAAGAGGUCUGUAUAGAAAUCUGCUAUACAGUGGUACCUUGGGUUAAGAACUUAAUUCGUUCUGGAGGUCUGUUCUUAACCUGAAACUGUUUUUAACCUGAAGCACCACUUUAGCUAAUGGGGCCUCCUGCUGCUGCCGCUGCGCCGCCGCUGCACUAUUUCUGUUCUCAUUCUGAAGCAAAGUUCUUAACCCGAGGUAAUAUUUCUGGGUUGGUGGAGUCUGUAACCUGAUGCGUAUCUGAGGUACCACUGUAUUAGUGCAGUCCCACCUCUAAAGCUAUCUAGGUCACAACACCCUGAAAUGCAGAACCUGCCACUGUGGAGAUCACACCCUAAUAUUUUUUUUAGAAGUAAUGAGUGGCUAGUGUGAACUUGUUGACAUGGCAGAAGAAUUGGUGGCAGCAAAAAUGUGCUCAUUUUUACUGAUAGCAUUUUGCAUUAAGAUCAGUUUUAUAAAACAUGAACAUUGCCGAUGUGGCAUCUGACCUAGCUUACAUACAAAAUGGGGUGGGAGUUAAAACAGUUUCCUGGAUACUGAUAAAAGUGUUUUACUGAAAUUGAAACUUGUGUUGUGGUUGUUCUUUGAAACUUAAUAUGAUGUUUUUAGUACAGCAUUUAUCCUUGGGGACAGAUGUUGUCUGGUAGUGAGAAGUUGAAGGGCCAUCUCUUGGAGCCAAACUUAUCCCUUCUUAACUACUGGUUUUUACAUGCAACAUGCUCCUGACAGAGUUGGAAUAAACUGUUGGAAAGGAUUUUAGCUCUUGAAAACACUUGAGUCUUUGCCAAAAUCACAGAGAAAACAUUCAUGUUGCUCCUUUAAUCUGCCCUUGAAUAAGUAGUAUGUACAAGACAUUGCUAUCUUGGUUUAGAGAUCAGAGCAGUCACUUUUACUACACCCUGGCUUAAGUACAGUAAGAUAUGAAAGAUGUUUGCAGUGAGAGGUUAAAGAAUAAUUGGGGGGCGGGGAAGAGAAGACCCCUCCUGAUUUAAUCCACUGAGGCAGCUUGAACAAAUGGAUUAGCUGAUCUCAGAAAAACUAAACAUACUACUGUUCUCGGUAUCUGGAAGAAAUACAGUUUAGUUGCCCUCCUCUGCCCACGUUCCAGCUUGUCAAUAUCCUUCUUGAAUUGUGGUGCUGAGAACUGGACACAGGAUUCCAGGUGUGGUCUGACCAAGGUAGAAUACAGUGGUACUAUUACUUCCUGGUAUCACUGUUAAGCUGAUCACCUGGGUCUUCUUUCCUCUGCUUUUUAAAGGUGGGGACAUUUACCUGCCCCCAGACUGUAGGAACCUCACAGCUUCUCCAAGGCCCUGAAGAUUUGAAUUCAUUUAAAGUAGCUAGGUGUUCUUUCCUAUCUUCGGCUGCAGCUCUCUCCUUGCAUCGUUUAUUUUGUUAUCACCAGGUUGGGCACUGCUUUCCUUUUGGGUGAAGACAAGACAAAGUAGGUGUUAAGCAGUUCCACCUUCUCUCUAUCACCCAUAGCACUACUCCAUGCAGCAGACUACUACUUUUUUGUUGUUUCUCUGCUUCAAACAUAGCCAAAGAAACCUCUUGUAUUUUUCACCUUUCUUGCAAGCCUGAGCUCAUUCUGAGGUUUGGCCCACCUGACUUCUCCCUGCAAUUAUAUACGCUUCCUUCAUUAUUUCUCCUUUCUUCCAUUUCUAAUACAUGCUGUUCUUAAAUAUCUUCCAUAAGAUCUUAUGCUGCCACACUUGAUGCCUCCUACUUUACUUUCUUGUUGGAAUUGUCUGCCUUUGUGCCUUUAGUAUUACACCUUUAAGUAACCCCCAUCCAUAUUGGACUCCUUUCUCUUUUAGAAUUUCUGAUCAUGGAAUCUCUCUCCCCGUAGUUCAUUUUUUUGAAAUCAGCCUUCAGAAAUCCCAGAGUGCAUGUCCAACUACACUCAGCUUUCCCUUGCCUCUGUAUAAUGAAACAUGAGAGGACAUGAUCACUUCCUCCCAGUACUUCCACUUUGUCAAUCAGUUCCUCCCUGUUGGUGAGAAAGAGGUCCAAUAGAUGUUGCUUCUUCCAUCUUCUGGGAAAUGAAAUUGCCGGUGGUGGAAUUUGUUGAUUCUUGGCAGAGUUAAAGUUUCAGCAUAUAUCAGGGUAGUUGAAGUCUCCCAUGACUACUAGAACUCUCCUUUCUGAAUGUUUGGUAAUCUGCUGUAGGAAGGCACCAUCCACUCUUCGGUCUGGCUUGAAGGUUUAUAGCAGACACCUGCAGUCAGGUCACUUUUGUUUCCCUCCUACAAUUUUUAUCCAUGUACUCUCAAUCUGCCUUUAAUUCUCCAAGUCAUGGAUUUGUUAAAAAGUGUUUACAUGCUUUACAUGUAAUGCUCUUCUUCUUUCCUACCUGUUUGGUUUGUUCCUUUUGAAUAGGUUAUACCCCUCAAUUUUUACAUUCCAGUCAUGAUUCUCAUCCCACCAGGUUUCAGUAAUGCCUGUUAGGUCACAUUUGCCAUCCUGCAUUAAAUGCUCAAAUUGAUAAUAGAAUAGCCAGUUGAACAUUAGGCUGUCAGUACUUAGGAUAGUUGUUAUUUCCAGGAAUUGGUAGCUUUAUAUUGUGUAAUGCGUGUGUCACUUCAGUUGGCAAUCUGAUGCAGGGUUUUGAAAUGGCUGCUUUGGCUCAGGCUUUUGUCCUGUGUCCUGUUUUCUUGUUUUCUGACUGUCUUGGUCUUCCAGCACAUCACAAAAGAUUUUAAGGAACACCCUGUUUUCAUGUUGGGGUAAUCCACAUGUCUGAUGAGACAUACUUGAAUUCUAUAUGUGCAGUCUAGAAGAGACCAAAGCAUACUUUAAAUUGGUUGUUCAAGUGUGUGUAACUUCCUCUGGAUAGUGUCUCAUCAUCGCUGGCAACAAUGAGUUAAUUUGGCAGUCUUCAUAGCUGCAUGUAGUGACAUACCCAAAAUCCUACAUAGAACUCCCUACUAAGUAAAUUGAUACACUUUUUUCAGAGCUGCUCUUUUGACUGGCCCAGAUUAAUUGUAGCAGUAAGCCAAACAAUAGCUUAAUAUGAAAGAGCAAACAUGUGAAUUCGCAGAGAGAAGAACAUGGCUCCUUUGCUUCUCUAACGCUGUUGCUGCACUGCCCUGAGCUAAACCAUAGUUUGGCUUAGCAUUAUGUCCAAACCUUGGCUUGCUGUUUAUCUCCCCAGACAAACCAUGAGUAGUAAGCCAUAGAAUAAAUAUUAACUAUAAAUACUAACUAUGGCUUAUGGUUUUCCUGGAUUGAAAUAAAAUGGCAAGCCUGCAUUUUGACAUAAUGGCUAAGACCAAACCACAGUAUCUGGCUCAGAAGAGGAGCAAAGCAACCAGUCUUGUCUUUGGGAACCAGCAUGUUUGCUUGUUCAUGUGCUUUGUGUUGUGUGAAUCAGGUCAGUGAGUAAAAGAGUGGCAGCUUACAUGGACCAUUAUGAAUGAUGACACAAGCAGAAGCUUGUCAUUGUCCUCUAUGGACAAUGUCAAAUUGUAUUGAUGGAAUAAGUUGCUUCAUUGGCAUUGUUUCUACUAGCAAACUUUUCAGUGUUAGCUGGCACAAAAGUGUCAACACUUCUGUGAAUGAACCACUGUUUCAAAAUGGAGAAACUAGUUUGCAAAAUGAGAACAGUUAUGAAAGCAUUUAAACUUUAGUCAAAGUCAAAAGAAACAUGUGUGAAUUGGCUGUGGUCUGGUGUCACACUACUACUAAGGUCUUGCAGGAAACGUGGCUUGAAUAGCUGUUGGCAAAUGCUCUGUUAGUCUUUAAAAACACGUGUUUCUAAAAUUCAGGCUCUGCAAGUUAGAGAGAGUGUUUGCCAGUCUCCUUUCUUGAGCCUUACAUUCCUUUCACUGUAAAAGCAAAUGAUCAAAAGGUUACCCUCUGAAUGUUUUGAACUAAUGCUUUGAACUAUAAUUCCCCUCACCUCCAGCUAUUGGCCAUGCUAGUUGGGCUGCUGGUAGCUGGUCCAUAACCUGUUUUGUAAGGCAUUGCAGAUUUAAAAUCUGUCCCCCUAAAUAGGCCUGACAACAAGCAAAUAUUUGGACUGGACUUUGAAGGGCCAGUUGGAGUCUGCCGCCUUUUCUUUGUGACACUUGAGACAUAAACUGUUAGACCAUUUAUGUUUUUAUCUGAAGGUAACCUUCCAUACGGGAUGCGGGUGGUGCUGUGGUCUAAACCACUGAACCUAGGACUUGCAACGGGGUGAGCUCCUGUUGCUCUGUCCCAGCUCCUGCCCACCUAGCAGCUCGAAAGCACGGCAAAGUGAAAGUAGAUAAAUAGGUACCGGUCCGGCGGGAAGGUAAACAGCGUUUCCGUGCGCUGCUCUGGUUUGCCAGACGCAGCUUAGUCAUGCUGGCCACACCACCCGGAAGCUGUCUGCAGACAAACGCCGGCUCCCUUGGCCUAUAGAGCCAGAUGAGCAUGCAACCCCAAAGCCGUCCGCGACUUUACCUUUAACCUUCCAUAAUAAAAUUGCUAGUGUUUACUUCUAAUACUUUAAUGUAUAUUGCUUUUUGUCACAUAGAACCACAGCACUGAAAUUUAGCAAAAUAUAAACAGUAAAGCUACAGUAAAAGAAAACAUCAGCUCAUUAGCACCAGUCAUUAGUAGCAUCUGAUCCUGACAUUGCUUAAUUGAAGGCAGUGUUGGUGUCCCUUUUGCAAUACUGAUGGUGAAGUCAGGCAUAUUCCCUUCUGCUUGUUAGUGUUUUCUAGUCAGUGUUAGUUUUCAUUAAGUUGUACUUAAAAAAUGCUUUCCUUCCAUGUUCUCAAGGCACCUUUGAAAUGAACUAAAAGCCAGUUGGUUUGUUGUUUUUUUUAAAUACUUUCAGCACAGUCAAGCUGUGGAUCUGGGAAGUAUCCGUAGGGAUGACUUGCUUCUAGGAGUGAGGUUGGGGAGUAUCCUUUGGGAAGCAUGACCUGUCUAUAGGAGUAAUUAUUGGGACGGCAUGGUGACUUCUGUCCUUAAUUGUAGGUGGUUUGUAUUUCGGUAGAGGUAGGAUGGACAACUUGUUUGGUCGUGGUCAGGUGGAUUACACAUGUUGUAUGUAGUAGAGCAUAAAGGAAAUGAUAGAACCUAUGAAACAGCAAAUUAAUGCAAAUAUUAACCCCACAAUACUUUAACCAGCACAUCUACUCAAAGCCAUUUUAUUAACUCACAUGUUUCCUACACCUUACUUAAAGUAACAUUUCAGCAGUUUUCCUUGUAACUAGGCAUUUGACCACUUACAAGGAAAGUUGUACCCUCCCAAAAAAUAUUUAUUGUUGUUCUUUGUUCCUGAUCCCCCUAUGUAUGGAUACCCGCUGGCCAGGGUGACCAAGAAUCUAAUAUUGUUUAGCUGCUGAUGUGGCAGUUUGUGUGUAGCUAUAGGCAAUCUAUGGAAAGAGCCAUCUCCCUUGUUACCUUUGGGAAACAUUUGGUGAGGUCACACACUCGCCAUUAUUACUUAGUGGGUAAAAAGAGAGCUGUGAAUCUGGCUCUUUUUCCCAAGUGUGAUUUCUUGUUGUGUGAUAUAUUUAUUGCUUAUUCAUUAAUUAGCUCUUUGUUUACUCUUCAGGUAUGGCCUCUCAGCUGCAGGUAUUCUCCCCCCCAUCAGUAUCUUCGAGUGCCUUCUGCAGUGCCAAGAAACUGAAAGUGGAGCCCUCUAGCUGGGAUGUUUCAGGACCGAGUAACGGUGACGAGUAUUACAGUCACAGCAAAAACCUCCCAGGUGCUCAAGGGCCAGCCAGCUCCUCUCACCAGGUAGCAAACUUCAGCAUCCCUGCUUAUGACCAGAGCCUCCAUCUCCCUGCUCCUUCAGUUGAGCACAUUGUGGUCACAGCAGCCGACAGCACAGGCAGUGGUGGAACAACGUCGUUCCAAAGCAGCCAGGCCCUAACACACAGGGCUAACAUUGCUUUGCUGGAACCGUACCAAAAAUGUGGAUUAAAAAGGAAAAGUGAGGAAGUUGACAGCAACGGUAGCGUGCAAAUUAUUGAGGAACAUCCACCUCUCAUGCUGCAAAACAGACCUGCGGUGGGUGCUGCGGCCACUACCACCACUGUAACAACGAAAAGCAGUAGUUCCAGUGGCGAAGGGGAUUACCAGCUGGUCCAGCAUGAAAUCCUUUGUUCCAUGACAAACAGCUAUGAAGUCCUGGAGUUCUUGGGCCGAGGGACCUUUGGGCAGGUGGCAAAAUGCUGGAAGCGGAGCACCAAGGAGAUUGUAGCUAUCAAAAUCCUGAAAAACCACCCUUCCUAUGCCAGGCAGGGGCAGAUUGAAGUGAGUAUCCUGUCCCGGCUGAGUAGUGAGAAUGCUGAUGAAUACAACUUUGUCCGCUCUUAUGAGUGUUUUCAACAUAAAAACCACACAUGCCUGGUGUUUGAGAUGCUGGAACAAAACUUGUACGACUUCUUAAAACAAAAUAAGUUUAGCCCCCUGCCUCUGAAAUACAUUCGGCCAAUUUUGCAGCAGGUGGCCACUGCCUUGAUGAAACUGAAAAGCCUGGGUCUAAUACAUGCUGACCUGAAGCCUGAGAACAUCAUGCUGGUUGAUCCUGUACGCCAGCCAUAUAGGGUGAAGGUCAUAGACUUUGGCUCUGCAAGUCAUGUGUCGAAAGCUGUGUGUUCUACUUACUUGCAGUCACGCUAUUAUAGGUAAGUACCCAUUUCAUUUAUUUAAACAACAGGGUUUUGGUUUUUUUUGCAUGGCAUUCAUCCUGUGGCACUUGAUAGGUAAAUUGUCUCCUUAAAUCAUGCCUGUCUGCUUUCUGUCUGCUUCCCAUUUAUCCUUUCCUGUUUCUUUUCCAUUUGUGUUUUCAACUUGAAAGAUAUUUACAGAUAUUUUGCAAAUAACUGGGUUGAUAAAGUUGAGUGAGAACUCAGAAGCCUGACUGCUUCAAGCAGACUGCAGAUGCCAAGGGGGGAAAAAUGUCAUUAUUUGACAUUUAGAAAAAGAACUUCUAUGCUUCUAGAAUUUGGUAUGUAAAAUGCAGUAGAUUGAAUAACAUAGCCAGAAUUCAAAAGCCCACACAAAUCCCCAAGGGGAAUUGAUAUUUCUCCAAUGGUAGUCAUCCUUGCCACAUGAAUAAGCACUUAAAACAUUUUAAGGGUUUGAGAUCACUCUGGAUGUGCCCAAGUUUGAGUUCAACCUGGCAUAUAGCCGUUGGCACUUGUAAGCCACACUCUUGGUGUUAAAAUUUUGGUAUCUGUGUUGGGAAGCUCAGAUGUUUGUAUCAGAUUUGUCAGGCAGCUGCAAUAUUCAAAUGGGUACCCAGUAGUCAUGUUGUCAUAAGCAUAAACCAUGGCUUGCUGUGCACAAGUGAAAUCAUGCCUGCAUUGCUCUUCCUGGCUUUUGGGAAAAGCAAGCCAUGAUCUCUGGAUUGAUAUUUCUGAACCAGAUAUUUGUUGGAUCAAUCCAUCAACGUCUGAUGGAUGUUUUAGACGUAUUGGGUCUGGCAUCACUUUCGCUGCCUUGACCACAGCAGUGCUGAAUGCCUGUGUGUGUGUGUGUGUGUGUGUGUGUGUGUGUAUAUAUAUAUAUAUAUAUAUAUAUAUAUAUAUAUAUUUGCUACCAAUAUGCUUUUAUACCUGUCAAGUAAACUUCUACACUUGACUGAAUCUUUAUGGCAUCCGUGAGUAUUUAUUGUCUACUGUGUGUACCUUCAACCCCGAAGACACUUCCCAGGAAGGAGCUGUGUUGAGAUGUAACUCUGCCGAGUAUGGAUACUGGCACACACGCACAGCGAAAGUGAUGCUGGACCCAAUCCUAAUAAAUCAUCCAUCAGAUGUUGAUGGACUGAUCCAGCAGUAUUGUGAGUUGGUUGUUCCCAACAAGUCAUGAUUAGUAAGAUAAGAAUAAAGGACUGAUUUUCAGUUCCAAUAAUCCAUAAUCCCAUGUUCAAAUGUACUGUGAAGACAAGGAUUGUGAUCUACUUCCUCCCAGCACCUUUCAUGUAUAAACACUUCAUUCCUUUUAUAAGCCUCUGAAAAUAACAAUAUGCAGCUGGUUAUCUAAACAAAAUAUAUUUAGAACAAGGAGGGGAAUUUGAUCUACUACUUGGUUUGGUGAUUGACACAAAUAGUUCAAUGGCAACUGCUGUCCAUCUUGAUAUCACACAUGGUUGAGUUGGUGACUUCGUUGAUUUUCCUGUGUUUGCUGGGAGAAUAUGACUAGCUUGUAAGAUGAUUAAUACCUGCAAUGCUUGGGUGUGUGUGUUAGGGUAGUGUUUCAACCCAACACUGGGAUCUCUUGUCAUUUUUGUGUGGUCAGUGUAUGGCUCACUGGAUAAUGAAUUUGGGCAUAGUUUCAAAUUCCUCCUUAGAACUCACUGAGUGACAUAGGAUAACCACUGUUUUCCUAAAGGAAAGGAAACUAGGUAAAGAAACAUGGAGCUGGGUAGAGAGGUUGGACUUGGUGGUCAACUGCAGCUUAAGUUUACGACCACAUUUCUCAACAUGUUCCUUCUGUUUUGGGGAUAAAACCUUUAAUAAUCCUAUAGAUCUGGCAAUGAAGUUGUUAUUUUCCAGCGUAGCCAUGUUUGUCUUACUCACUGGACUUAAGCUGUAUGAAAUUAAAUGAUGUAGUGAAUUGUGUGCUAAAUUUGUCAGAUCAUUUUCUCACUGUAUUGCCUUUAAAACAUAAACAGGCUGAUCUUAUACCUUAGCAAUAAUUACUUAGGAGCUAUUCCUAUUGAAUUUAAUUCGUUGAGUUAUCCCAAAUGUGAGUGCAUACAGCCAAAGGUUGUUUGUGUGGAAAACUCAUGAUUCUGUGCCCACAGAGUAAACACCAUCGGACAUAAAAGCUUUACUUUGAAGUAUAUGGUGCUUAUGUUUGGGAAGUGUUGUUGUAUUAAAUCUAUUUGAUCCAGAGGAACAGUCUGUCAGCAGAAUGGGGAUUGAAGCGAUAUUUGGCAGUAACCCUCGGCAGUACCUUGUGCCACCUCAAACCCUGUUUCAGAGGGUUCCUCAAACCUCUAGUCUAGAGCAUCUCUGGAUCAAAGAGUCCCCCCGUCACCAGAGGGACAGCAGUUGUUAUAACCCCUAUGGCUCUGUUAGGCUACCCAAGUUGAACUCAUUGAAUAGAAGACUGCAUUGUGCUGGUAUUAUAGAAACUAUGUGUAUUGCUAGUUCCAUUUAUUAAAGAAGAAAAAUGUACUUUGAGAUAAUUGUAUCAGUUUUCAUAGAUUUCAGAGGGUGAUCAAUGAUACUCUUUUGCACUAAAAGCAACGGAAUACUGCAGCACCUUACAGGCUAGGAACGUCGUUAUGGUAUAAGUAUUUGUAGGACAGAGCACACUUUACCAGAUGCCAUACAUUAUCUGGGUGCUGUAUUAAAUGUUUUAAGUCUUUAAGAUGCCAUAGCACUGAUUAUUGGUUUUGCUAUCACUUUUCCUCAUUCAUUCUUGGCUAUACAUUUGAUAAUCUAAACUUUUUAAUUCAGUCAAGUUUAUGGGAUUUGUGAAGUUGUUAGUAAUCAAAUAUACUAUUGCAUGUUUUUCAGAGCUCCUGAAAUCAUCCUUGGUUUGCCAUUUUGUGAAGCUAUUGAUAUGUGGUCGCUGGGCUGUGUGAUAGCUGAGCUGUUUCUUGGUUGGCCACUGUACCCAGGAGCAUCAGAAUAUGAUCAGGCAAGUUUGUGUAGAUAUUUAUAUAGUUUACAUUCAAAUCUGAAUUCAUAUUUGGAACUGGAUUUAAUAUCACUUUAGCACUUGAUAAUGCCUGUCCAAAUUUAGCCACACUCUUAUAAACAAAAAGGUGCCCUAAGCUGAUUUCAUGGUAUUUAAGCCUGCAGUCCUAAGCAGAUUCAAUCGGGAAUAAGUGCCAUUGUACUCAUUGAGGCUUGCCUCUGAGGAAAUAAUGUUAGGAUUGCACUGCAAAUGCAUUUGUGAUUGGAUUAUAAACAUCUAAUUCAUGAGCACUGUACAAUUGAUCUAGAGAGCUGGAUUAGAUCAAUAGUCCUACUGUUUUCAGAUGGACACAUGCGAGAAGCACUGGUUAGUUGUAGUGCUUUGCAUUGCCUCAUUCAGUUCCAAUACCCAAGACCAGAAAUUACAGGAUUAUAUAAAUCACCCAACUGUAUAAACUUCUUUUGAAUGGAUAGGUUACUGGUAGAUAACAUAAUAUGCUGACAUUCUGACUUCUGCCCUGGCCAUGACAACACCUCUCUGCUGAUGGAGGAGGAUGGGACAUAUUCACUGAUGUGGUGCUUUGCCUGAAUCAGUGCUGCUCCCUCCUACCUCUGCUUAAGCUGACUACAGGCAUACUUUUAGACAGUUGCAGUUCAAGAUACCUGGCCUGUCCAUCUUGGUGGGACCAGCUCAGUGAGCACUUUUCCCCCUCAGCUCUUUUGAAUGUUCAUUUGGGUGGGUAGAUGAGGGUCAUGUGGUUCCUUCUGAUCAAGGCACACACAUUUUUUCACUGCCAUUUCCAAUUACACCAUUGUUCAUGGUUUACCAUGAAUCCAUUGGUCUGGGCUAUAUUCUUUCCUUCAGGACAAAUAAAUCACAUUUUAUAGUGGCACCAAUGAACAAACCUUGGACGUGGUUUGCUUGGAGUGAAACAACCCAUGACCCCUGGUUUGGACAUACAGUACAAUUGAUUUUAAUCAUAUGCUGUUGAAAGUAGGCUGGUUAAAAUUGCACAAAUUAAAUGCAGGCAAGUAGAGCACCAGGUCUGCUCAGGUUACCCAGCACAUGAGAGCAUUUAAGCUCUGUGCCUUGCUUGUGGGACAAGGCCUUCUCAACGCCCCAGCUCUGAGAUGCUUGCACAAGAUGUUGUGGAGCCAUCAGAGUUCAUUGACACCACACUGGAAUCCACUGGAACUGAUUGUUUCCUGGGUCCAGGCUAGAAAUCAGUUCAGCCCUAACAAGAAAUUGGGAAUCUGACGCAAGAUAUGGUUGGAACUGGAUAAUGCAGUAAAAUAUAUUAAACAACUAAGGUUUGCAAAGAAAUGUAUUUGCUUCAGCGUGGUAAUCUGUUAAGUGAAUAUUGACUGAGGCAGUUUAAAAGAAAAGAAAAGAUCCCACUGUAUGUUUUCCUUCCUCUGGAAGGAAAUGCAUGUAACUAUUUACACAGCAUUCUGCCUUUAUCAUAGAUUACUUCUUUUUUCCAUUGCAGAUUCGUUACAUUUCACAAACGCAAGGACUUCCAGCUGAGUACUUACUGAGUGCAGGAACGAAAACAAGCAGGUUUUUUAACAGAGAUCCAAACUUGGGAUACCCAUUGUGGAGACUAAAGGUUUUUAUUUUUUUUCAGACAUUCAAUUUAUUGUCGUAAGAGCAGUAUUGCAGCUUAUGUAGAGGAAAAACCUUUAGUUAUUGCAUGUUCACCACUAGGUUAAGAUAACUUUGGUUGGAGACCUAACGCCAUUUACCUUCGAGGACUUAAAAAAAUAUAUAUUCUUGAUUUUAAUUACAUUCAUUUUUUAAGUAUUAUUAAUUUAAUUAAUGUCUGCCCUUUGCCAUAAGGUCCCAUGGUGGGUUACAGCUUUCAAAACAAAGUCAAAAACAAUUUAAAACAACUAACUUGUUCAGCUGAAUGUUAUAGGAAAAGAGAGCACUUUUAGAGAGUUACAAAGAUUCAUGCACAGAAGGCUCUCUUUGUCACCAGCAAAAUAACAUCUUAUUAGAAAAUUUAAGGCCAUUAACAUUAGUUCUCAGAAAAUUUUUCAGUGACAAACCCUCUUUUUGCUAAAAGAUAUACUGUCAGAAAAUCACUUUUGCAAUCCCCUUUGCUGUAAAGCCAUCCAGUGAUUUAAAAUCACCUUUCAGAGUUUGAACUACUGUUUAGAAACAUCUGAAGCUUCACAUUAUGGCUGCGUUGUAAAAUAUCUGAUACUUUGCUCAGGUUGGCUUGUAUUUGUCCUUGAGAAUAUAGAUGAGAACAUUAAUUUGGCACAGUGUCAUUUUUCACAAGCUUAGGUAGCAAGGUUAUGAUGGCCUAUCAUUUCUGCUUCAUAGGGCAUUCCAUUUGUCAAUGGCUGAUUGCUUGUUGACCUAGCUUUGCUUUUAUUGCACUGAACUCUAAAACCCUGUUAGAGUUGCUUGUAACAUGUAUUUUAUUUGAUAGACUCCAGAGGAACAUGAAUUAGAGACGGGAAUAAAAUCAAAGGAAGCUCGGAAGUACAUUUUCAACUGUUUGGAUGACAUGGCGCAGGUGAGCUGCUGAGAAAAAUAAUGAUGCCUUUUAUACUACAAGCAUAAUUACCCAGAGCAGUAGUAUUUUACACUUGCUCUACAUAGGAAUCAAUUAUAUUCCCUUCCUCAGGAAUUAAGUUUGCAAUUCUGUGCCCUCUUCUUGGGAGUAAGCCCCAGUGAACUCACUGGGUCUUAUUUCUGAGUAAACAUGAGUAAGAUUUCAUUUUCACUUCUAUUCAACAUGCUCUUUUAAGUAAUAUAACAGUGUGAUUCCUCCCCCCCCCCCCACAUCCAUAUAUUAGAGAAACCAGAAGAGGGAGGAAUGAGAUCCUGAGUCUAAAGUUGAAAUGAUUCUGCAUUCUGAGAAUAAAUGCAUUUUGUGUAUCUAGUAAUUUCCCUGCUAUAGAGUCAAUGGUUUAUGCAGCAAAGAUCAAGUUCUAAUUUUUUUCUCCUACAAGGUAAAUAUGUCUACAGAUUUAGAGGGAACAGACAUGUUGGCAGAGAAGGCGGAUCGAAGGGAGUACAUUGAUUUGUUAAAGAAAAUGUUGACAAUUGAUGCAGAUAAGAGAAUUACUCCGCUGAAGACUUUGAACCAUCAGUUUGUGACAAUGAACCAUCUACUGGAUUUCCCACAUAGCAACCAGUAAGUUUCUGACAGAUGUUUGAAACAUUGUUUGUUCAUUUAUUCAUUCACGCUUGUAGCCUGUCCCUCCCUCAAGGUUGAGACAAGUAAAAAAUAAAGCAUAUGAAAGCCUUCUAGAAGUUCUCAUUAACACAAAAUAAAUUCAAAUUAGAGCAAACUUGAUUUAAUCAAAGGAAUUCCCAAAGUGUAUGUAUUACCUCAGUGGAGUUAUAAAAAAAAAAAAGUUGUUGCAGCUACUUAUUCCACCAAAACCUUAGAUUUCUCAUAAUCAGAAUCUUUAUAUUCCAGAUAUAAAGUGGAUGCUUGGCAGCCACCCCAAAAGUAUACCGUUAGGAUUGGGAGCAUCUGGCCUUCUAGAUGUUGUUGCACUACAACUUCUGAUUAUCCCUGACCAUUUGCCAUGCUGGAUGGGGUUGAUGGGGCUUUGAGUCCAGCAACAUCUGGAUAAACACGGGUUCCUAAUCCCUGAUCAUUACUGUUUGAACUUCAGGAUUUUGAAGGAGGGAGGAUGGCACUCAUGGUUAUAUUGAUGCAUGUUAAAAUAAGGUGCAGAAGCAUAGCACACAUAGCCUUACAUGCUUGGUAAUUAACUAGUUUCACAGCCAAACAAAUCUCUUUGACAUCUCAUUUUCCUUUUAGUGUGAAAUCCUGCUUUCAGAACAUGGAGAUAUGCAAGCGAAGAGUGAAUAUGUAUGACACAGUUAAUCAGAUAAAAAGCCCAUUCACAACACAUGUUGCACCGAACACAAGCACAAACCUCACCAUGAGUUUCAACAACCAGCUCAAUACUGUGCACCAUCAGGUAAUUAGUUCAUUAUUAUUAUUAUUAGGAAUGAAAACCAAUAAAAACUGCUUCCGUCAUUUCCUGGAGUGACUCACCUUAAUCUAGAUGUUAUUCUAGAUUAUUAAUCAUGAAUUUAAUCUGAAAUCAAUGCUAUAUGUAAUCGGCAGCUACCGCUUUGCAGUGGCUGCCUUAUGAGUUCCAUACCCAAUUCAGGCAUUGACCUUUAAAGCUCACCAUGGUCUUGGACCUCUCGGAGCAGCUCUCCUGUGACCUGCCUUCAUCCCUCACCCUUUCCCAUUGUAGCUAAUUAGCUGUUUAGUAUUAUACUGCUCACCAGCUGAUCUGUAAAAUAUGUCACCGAGACAGAAAGUUGGGUUAAAGUGAGCGGAAAGCUACUCUGGAUUUUGUAUUGGUUUUGUGGUUGAUUUUCAAAUGCUUCAGCAAAAGACAUGUUUUGGUUCUAAUGAUGAAUGUUCCUGUUUUCCAGGCUAGUGUGUUGGCUUCAAAUUCUACAGCUGCUGCUACUCUCUCUCUGGCAAAUUCAGAUGUUUCACUGCUGAAUUAUCAGUCUGCUCUCUACCCAUCAUCUGCAGCACCAGUUACUGGUGUGGCACAGCAGAGUGUUUCCUUACAGCCUGGAACCACUCAGAUCUGCACCCAAACGGAUCCAUUUCAGCAAACUUUCAUUGUGUGUCCUCCUGCUUUUCAAAGUAAGUGUGUGUGUGUGUGUGUGUGUGUGUGUGUGUGUUGGGGUCUUUCCAUACUAUUUACAAAAAUAAUAUAUAGUAGUUUUAAAGCUAUAACACCUAAGGUGCACAUAUAUUACAUAUAUGCCACUAAGAUAUAAUUUGACACUUUUCAUGUUUUAAGAGUUAAAAGUAAAACUCUAGCAUGGUGCUCAGUAUACAAAUUCUGAAAAUCGAAAGUUUUGAAAUAAGUAAAAUAGGAUACAAUGUGCAGCUGAGCAAUUGAUUCGCUUACGCUUGUUAUACUAGGCUAAGUGGAGGAAUCCAAGAUGAUUUGAGGGUUGCUGCAGACAAACUUGGAUUUAUUGUUUCAUAUAGAGUUGGAUUUGGGGGAUUAUUAUGUAUUCAGUUUAUAUCACACCUUUCUUGCUGAGCAAGUCCAGGGAGGGUGCAGAUAUUGUGCCCCUUUUCACAGAAGUCGGGUGCAGGGUGGUCCCCCGUUUCUUCAUGAGUAUUGCACAGGGCGCUUGUGGAUGCACAGCUACUUUUACUGAAGUAGGCACAUGAGUCGCCAUUACAGACCUUUAUAUAGCAGACAAGGUAUUGAGUGAGCUCAACUACAGUAGCCUGCUGAUAGAACCAACCUCUUGCCCAAGUUGGCUUCAUCAGUAGUACGUAUGGAAUUACAGUUCUAUUUUGUAGAGCAAUGGUGCUUUGUUGUCGAUUCCCCAUGUUUUGAAAUCUAUUUCAAAAUGCAUUGCCACACAUUGUAUAUCCCAAAGAGAGCUGUAGCUUCAUUAUCUAUAGAUAUACCUAUAUCUUAUUUGAGCAUUACUCCAUAUUGGCCUCUAAAAAACACUUUCAGUAAAGUUGGAAAAUACAAAGAUAUUGCCAGUAGCCAAGCAGUAGAUGACUAUUUUCCAGAUUGCAGUAGCUGCAGCCUGGGAUGAAGCUUCUCAUGGAGCUGGAAAAACUUUAUUUUAACAAUACAGUUGCCUCUCAGUCAACAGCUGGCAUCCCAAUUUCCAAAUUCCAUUAUGACCUGAAUGUUAAGAGCAGAAUCAGUAAAUGGGUUUAUGGCAAUCUACCGCCACAAAGGAAGGUGUUUUUGAAUAGGUGGUAUUCCAGAAAAAUAUUGCUUAGACUGUACAGCUGGUCUGCCGCACCAAGUGUGUAGAUAGACUUAGGCAUUUCUCGGUGUAAGUAAUUAUUUGCUUUGUCUUUUUUUUGUUUGUUGGUAAGUGGGCUCUGAAAAGUGUCCAGAUAAUUAAAAGCAGUAGAUUAACUGUUCUCUUCUCUUUAUUUCCUACAGCUGGUCUUCAGGCAACCACAAAGCAUUCUGGCUUCCCUGUUAGGAUGGACAACACUGUUCCAAUUGUGCCACAGGCACCAGCAGCUCAGCCAUUACAGAUCCAGUCCGGAGUUCUCACACAGGUAAACGUAAGGAGAGCCCUUAAAAUGUCAGUAAAUUACCCCGAAUACAAUUACUGGUUUGUUCUAGAUUAAAGUUGGGAACCAGAAGUUACCCAAAGUUGGGUGGCAGAGUCCUGCCUUCCAAUACCAAAGACAAGACAAGAAAGCAUGGAAAUUAGUCUGGUUUCCCCCCCCCUAAUCUAUCUACGUUAAAGGUUUGGCCCUAAUUGGGCUAACCCAUUUAGCUAAAAUAAAGAUGUUUAAAUUCUUCUCAGUUUUUAUAAUACUGUUCUAUUAUGGAUACUCUGUUUUUCUAUACCGCUCACAUAUUAUCUGAAUGCGGAGUGGUUUUUAAAUCCUUAGCUAUAAAUGAAGUCCUGAGUUUUAGGCAGUUUUCAUUCACAGGUACAGAUAAAAAACACACAAAGCAGAAAGUGUUCACAACUGAAAAACAGCUUAAAAAUUAGUGCAAGAUUUCAUAUGGCUACGUUGAGUCCCAAGUCGAUUCCUCUUCCCUUUUCCUUACUCUUUCUACCCUGCCCCCAUUCAUAGCAAGAAUACUUGUUACAACUGCAUUGUUUCAUUUUGUGAUGUUGUAUUCGUAAAAGCUUAGAUGAUAUCAAAGCUUAGAUGAUUUCAGUAUAUAUUAUUUUGGUACUCUAAUCCCAUUUUAUAUCCUACUAGAAAAACCAAAGUGAUAUCUGCUUCCAGGAAUACUUGUAUUUUGCUAAAUACUCAUUUUCUAAUGGCGAUUUUUUCUUUCUUUGAGUGAACAUGUUCUCAGGUGGGGUGAAAGCUCCCUCUAGCCUUCAAAGGCAGAAUUGCAGCUUAUUCAGAGGAUUUUGCUCACAUCCACUUCACCUUCCGUGGCUUUCUCCUGCCUUCACUCUGAGGCGGUUGUGGUUCACACUUGGCUAUUCAUAUUUGCUCAGGCUUGUGUUUUGGAAGUGAUUUCCAUUCAGCAUGUGGUUAUUUUCAUAGAACCCACUACCCCCAUGAUGGAACAAAAGAAUUCUAUUUUUUCUCCUUAGUGGCCGUUUCCCUACCACUGCAGGCCCUUGGGAGUUAAACCAACCAGUUUUUCUUCUCAGCAUUUUAGUGGCUGUUGGGUUCUUAUGCUGGCGCCCUGCCAUUGUUGCCUCUCCCCAGAGCGCCAGCCAGUGCCAAAGCAGUUCACCAUUUUUAAGUAGCCGUUUGGCUAAGCCAUUGGCCACAAGGCACAGACGCUUAGCCUGUUUCCCACCCCCACUGGAGAUGAUCCCCAUUUGCUCUGAGCCAGUGCUGCAGCAGUUGAGGAAAACUUCAGCCACAUUCGGGUGGGGUGGGGGGCAAUGACAAAAACCUACAUAAAUCUAAAGCCAAAGUCUUUAGGGCAGCUAAAAGCAUCAUAUUCUUCCAGCCUCUUGCGGUGACAGUUUCCUUUUUAAGUUCCAGCAUGCUUUAACAAAUCAUGGCUCUGCUGAUUUGGAGGUGGCUGAAGGCACAUUGUGGAACAGAAUCCAAUGGCACUGUGGGAUAAUCUCUGCUGAGAUUAAUCCAACUCCAUUAGGUCUAAGGAAGUCUGAUCUGCUUGGAGUAAAAAGGCAGGCUGGAGGGAGUUUUGGAUAUUUUUCCUACAGCUUGCUUCAGGUCAAUGGAGAUAAGGAAGCCCUUUCUGAGGGGCUGGAAGUAAUGUUGGUCCAGUCACGACUUGUGGCACCUGUUGAAGAGGCUUUUUUGGGGUUGUUUUUUUGCUGCUUCUAUCUCAGGCCAUUUCUGUGCCUCAUAAGGCUCCUGUUCACAGCUGCUCUCUGUAACAUCAUCAUGACCUCUAAUCCAAGUUUGCCCUGUAAUUUAGCUCUCUUCCAGGCUUUGCCUAGCACUUCCAGUAAUCUUAUUUGGGUGCAGCUUCAGUUGACUCCACAAAUGCUGCUCCAGAUUAAAGGAGCCUUGUUAGGUGACUUUGCUAAAGAGCUGUCGGGUGCCUAACAACAACCUGCAGUCAUUGCCUCACACUCCUGGCAGUGUCUGCUCAAGCUCCGCAGCCAGUUAUUGUUCCAGUAUCACUUCUGGCUCCAGCAGUUCCGGCUGUUGUACCAGCUGAGCUAUGGGAUUCAAGUGGCCCAAGGGAAAGGCACACAAGAAGUGUAAGAGCUUUUCUGCCUAUAGGCAGUUGGAAGAUUGAGGAUGCUGUGUUGGAAGAGGAGUUUUCAGAUGUUGAUGACUGGAGUGAAGGACCAGAGGUUGAGGAAGUUCCUUCUAAUAGGCACCAUUCCUGCCUCUUCUCUGAAAACCUAUGACGCCUCUGGAUCUUAAGCCUAUGGAUAAACCGGCUUGCAUUUCUUCUCGUCGCCUCAGCUUCACCUGAGAGAGAAGGCAAAUGGAAAAGGCUUCAGUAAUAUAUAAGUAGUAAUAUAUUAUUAUUAUAUACCUGUUGCCGUAAUUAUUAUGGUGGAUUUGUAGAAGUCUGACUUUGCUCGGAGGGAGUCUGCCUUCACGUGCACAGUUCCAGACAAGAGCACAGACUUGUUGAAGAAUUUGCCACAGUCCCAAAGGAUCACACCAUAUUAAAUGUCUUCAAUCAGAUGAACCAAAGCUAUGAGAGCAGGAAACAGCUCAGUAAGCCAACAGUGCCUUUCAUUGGUCUUACUGAAAGUAAAAAACUGAACCAGCAUUGCUGUCAAAAUGGAGGAACUUGAAUCCUGGGCAGCUUCUGUGCAUGCCCCCAACACUUCACUGGCAGAGACUGUGAAUAUUAUGAAAGGAAGAGCAACAUGGACAAUGGAUAGGAAAGAGGUGCCAUCUUUGUUGUAAACUGCACUGUUUAUCUCAGCAAAACUGUGCUGUAAGCGAGGAAGAGGAAUAGAUUCAUUUACUUUCAAAUGGCCAAAGAUUAAAGCAAACAAUGUGCUGCUUCUCCUAGGCUGUUUCUUUGCAUUAUGCAGGCUACUCCACCUGUUGUGAAAACUCCUAGGACUGGUAUUCGUAACCAUGAUUUGCCUUAUGAUGACACUUGCCCUUUAGAAAGUAGGAAGACUAGAGGCUAAGAUUUAUUACCUACUUUAAAAUGAGGCUGCAUUUUAAAUUGCAUUUUAACCUGUAUUUUAAAUUGGUUCCCCCCCCCACUCCUUUCCCCUAUUAUGUUUUUACUAUUAUUUUAUUGGUGUUAGCUGCCCUGAACCCAGCUCUGGCUGGGGAGGGCGGGGUAUAAAUAAAAAUUACUAUUAUUAUUAUUAUUAAAACAAAGGACACUUGCCGACUUUUUUUUAUAAAAAAAAAUAUUAAAGAUUUCUUGGUUUACAAGACACUUUACUGCUUUUCCUUCAUAAUUUACCUGUUUAACAGGGCUUCCUUUUUAAGAUUUUCCUUCAUAAUUCACCUGUUUAACAGGGCUUCCUUUUUAAGAUUUCCCUUCAUAAUUUACCUGUUUAACAGGGCUUCCUUUUUAAGAUUUCCCUUCAUAGUUUACCUGUUUAACAGGGCUUCCUUUUUAAGAUUUUCCUUCAUAAUUUACCUGUUUAACAGGGCUUCCUUUUUAAGAUUUCCCUUCAUAAUUCACCUGUUUAACAGGGCUUCCUUUUUAAGAUUUUCCUUCAUAAUUCACCUGUUUAACAGGGCUUCCUUUUUAAGAUUUUCCUUCAUAAUUCACCUGUUUAACAGGGCUUUCUUUUUAAUAAUCCUCCCCUCCCUUAAACUCCCCUCUCCCGCAUCUAGUUAGCCACCUCCUUCCCCACACGCACCCCACACACGCACUCCUUGUCCCUCCAGUUUGAAUGUUUUUCCUCCCCCUCCAUUUAAACUCCCCCCUCCAAUGGCAAUGGGCAGAUCACUGCCAGUUUUUGAUACUGGGAUUGCAGCCUGGUUUAUUGCUUUUAUUUCAUGGAUCAGUGGUCUCAUUAGAUAGUAAAAUUCAUGUUAAAUUGCUGUUUUGUUUUUAAUUGUCUGGAAUGGAUUAAUCCAUGUUGCAUUACUUUCUGUGGAAAAGCACGCCUUAGUUUUGGAACACUUCGGUUUUGGAAUAAUAAUAAUAAUAAUAAUAAUAAUAGACUUCUGGAAUGGAUUAAGUUUGAGAACCAAGGUACCACUGUACCUCACUUCUGCAAUGUCCACAGAAAAUUGCUCAAGAAGUAAAGAGGGGCUGAUGCUAGUUAAAAAUAAACAUUUUUAUUUCCAGGGAUGUGGAACCUGCUGCUAGAGCCCAACAGUAUCUGGGAGGCUGUAGGUUUCCCAUCCUUGAUAUCAAUCAGAUUGCUAAAUCUGAAAAGGAUAUGCUACUGUUGCCCAGAAGGAUUGGAAUUGGUGCUUGUUCUAGGCCCUAAAAUUGGUCUCAAAAGUCCUGUUGUUCUGAGCAUCUCAGAAGAAUCAGUGAGAUGCUAGAAUAGCCGUUCAUAAAGUUAUCCCUUGUGAAGUGCUAGCCCUACAGUGGUUAAGGACUGUUUCAAAGAUUAGUCCCAAUAUUAAACUAGUGUUUGUUAAUGAAAAAGUACUAUAAUGCAUUGUCAGUUUUUGUAAACUUCUGUUUGAAUCUUGAACGGUUCUUUAUUCUGAAGUAUUGACUCUUCCAGUGGAAGAAAAAUGUAUUUUACAUGGCUUAGAUGCUAUAAACAGUAAAUGUUGUGUAUAUUCUGGAACUUUCUUUUCCUUGAAAUAAUAAAAUGUAUUGGAAUUGCCUCUUUUAUUUCCAACUUAUGGAACAUGAAUGAACCAAUCUAUUUUCAGUACUCCUCAUGUUUGCAUGUGUUCAAUCAUAUGUCAGUUCUGUCCCUUUCCCCCAUUAAAUGAAAUUCGAAACUCUGGAAAAAAGAGAGGACUAUACUAAGAACUGGUCUGGUAUGCCAAUGAGUUUCCACAAUGGAUCAGACUUAAAUGGAUCAGCUAAAGCUCCCAGCCAUUGGAACUAUGAUUGCUUUAGUUUGUGUGGGAUGCCCAGUUUGAAGACUCUCACAUGGACAAGUUGGACUUUGGUCUCCGGAAGGAAUGUGAUUCCAGUGCAUCAACUGUGCUUUUGCUGCACUUGUACUUUCUCAUGCUUCUCUGUGGCUGUAUAGAAUUAUUGGACAAUUCUCAUCAGGAUCCAGUGUGACACUGUAAGACUCUGCUGAAGGUGUACUUAUAGCGGACAACUCAGUGGAUUCUACACAUUUUUUGUCCUGGACUUUGGUGGUUGGUGUGGUAAUGAGAUGCACCUUGUGGCUGUGCCAUUGGAAUGUGGAUCAAGCUUCUCAUCUGAACCUCUCCAUGGAACCCUGUGUGGGACGAAAACAUUUUGGCGAGAAGGUAGUAAAGAUCAUUUUAGUUGAAUCCAGGUUCAAUCCACAGAGAUGACUGACACUCUUACAGAUAUUUGCAACCAAUACCAGCCAUUUUAUUCUGUCACUUCGGUCUUGUUCUAGGUUUUCCAAAGAGUCACAUGCAGGUGAUUCUUUCCAGCUUGAAAGAAUGCUCUUGGCUACGAAUAUAAGGAAACAACUAUCUUUUUCCUGCAUGGACAGGUGCCAGUUUCAGUGACGUAAGUCUCUGUCUGUGGUGGACCAGCAGUGUAGAGAAGGGAGCACCGUUGAAGGGAGCCACAGUGUACAUCAUUCAUUUUGGAUGCCAGCCUCUUAAUCUUAAUCUUAAUUGAUGCCAGACUCAAACUUCAGGUCCCUUGCCUUGCUAUUCAGCACUUCUCUCUGUAGUUUCCUUUUCACUAUGUGCUUUUACGUAUGACAACACUGUAGUGAAGAAACAGUGGGUUGCCGAGAGAGAACAUGCUCUCUGGCACUUCAAAAUGAAGCCCCUAGACCCCAUCUGAACAGUGUUUUUCCUGUAUGUUUUCCUUGUUUGUUUUUAAAUUCUUGUGGUUCGUUUGGGCUGUAGCAGAUUGGACAGUCAUAAACUAUUUGGAUGUGAGCAGAAUCUUCUAAACAAGCUGUAAUUCUGCCUCUGAGCAUUAGAGGGAACUCAUAUUACACCAGAGAACACCUUAUCACUCAAAGGAAAAAUACAUUUCAGGUAAGACCAACAGUCCUGUUUGUUUCAGACCAGAAGAUCCAGAAAGCCUAAUGGUUACAUAAAUUGCUAAUAUAAUUUUGUGGUCUUUGCCAUGGGACUUGGGUGAUAUCAUUGCAAACAUGUUCAGGUCAGGCAUGAUUAAACGAAAGAUGUACUUUAUAACUUGUCCUUUUUUAUAUCUAUUGUGGAAGGCAUUUGGAAUUACUCAAACUAGCACAACAGAAAUCCAAUAUGGUGUUCUUUGUAAGUGCAACAAAACAAAUGAUUCUUAUCUAUUAGAAAGUGAAGUUUUAAGUCAGUUUGGUUGUGGAGAUGUUUAAUGAAAUUAUUCUGAUCAUUGAAUUGCCUUUUAUUUAUUUAAACAAAGUCAAUGGACAGGCAGGUAUUGCUUUUUUUAUCUUAAAGUACCAGAACACUGGUUUUGCAAUCUUACAUGUCCAAUAGGACAUUUUGGAGGCUUUUAGUUUUUCCAAGCCUUCCCUGCACUAGUUUAGAUAUUCCUCAGGAUUAAUAUUGUCUCAAGUGCGGUAAACACAAAAGUUUGUUCACUGAAAUUCAGGAGUACUUAAUAUCACUUAAUAUCACUUCAGGCAAGAGAUACUGAAUUAAGCUGAUAGAAAAGCAUAUUUAUAUCAGAGCAUACCCAUGAGUUCUGCAAGCCACUCAAAAGCGCCACUAUUUUCCUUGCGGAGAAAGCCUUUCUGGGCCUGUUUCCUCAGUACAUUUGUUUCACUCACUGCCUAAUCUACAUUUCAGGGAAGCUGUACACCACUAAUGGUAGCAACUCUUCAUCCUCAAGUAGCCACCAUCACGCCGCAGUAUGCGGUGCCUUUUACUCUGAACUGCGCAGCCGGCCGGCCAGCGCUAGUAGAACAGACGGCUGCAGUACUGGUAAUUGCCUCCCUUGAUUGUGUUCACUAACGGAGUUUUUGUUUUAACUUAGACUUGCAGAGGGCAUGGAAGCAUGUGCCAUCUUGUGGCUGUGUUCUUGCUACAUCUUAAUGUCUCGUUGUUUUUCCUCCCCAACAUUGCUGAAGCACUGUCUGACUCUGAUGUUUAGUGUUGCUCUGUAAAGAAUCCAGAUCCAUUGACUGUUGUUCUUUACUAGCCUAGUGUGUUGAUCAAUCUCUUCUCCUAGUCUGAGAAGAGUGGUAAUUGUAUUUCUUCUUUCUUUACUCUCCUAUCUUUUUUAACAUUUUAUUGAUUGAAAACAAGGGGUAUGGCCCUUAGGUUGACUCUGCCAUACGCAUCUGGGCAGCCAGGAUUUGACAAGUUAAGCUUUUUAAAGCUUCUUCGCAUGUAGAAAUGUUUCAGGCACUGAAAACUUCUAAUAUCGGCAAAUACUUUAUUAAUAAACGGCUUUAACAGUACAGAUUUCUUAACCUCUGUUGAACAAUGCUGACCUCCAAUUCUCCCUGGCUUUUCAUUACCUCUGACCAAUCAUUGGCAGUGUGCAUCAUCCUCAGAGAGAUGUUGCUUCCCACCAAUACUUUUAGUUCCUUUUGCAUUUCUUGGUUGAGAUUAAAGGUGAGCUCUUACCUUCUAAACUGUUUCUCAGGAUAGUUUGUUCUUAACCUUGCUGGAGAUAUUAAGGGAAGUGUCCACUUUCAAAUUUUUCUUUCUCUCUCUGAAUUUGACUGGUACCUUCAGUGGAAUUCACACUGUAGGUGCCAAAAAACAGUCAAUUGGAAACUCCAGAAUCAGAUCAGUGAAGUUUAUGGAAACAUUGCAGUGCACUUGAAACCCUGGUGUCCUCACGUGUCUUGCAAAGCACACUUCCAUUUGUUACAUACAUCGUUGUCUUUUGUGGCUUUAAAGUGAUAAUUCAUGAGCAUCUUUAUCUUCAAAUAGAUACAUUCUGGAGCAUUGUUGGCUCUGGUCAGAACCAAAGUCUCACCAGAUGAGGAACUGCUUCUUUUGGCAUUGCUGUUUACACCAUAGCAAGUGUAAGAAGGCAGACAGGAUGGGAUCUUAAAGGUUAUAUAAUUGCAUGUGCUGAAAAGACAACUUAAAAGAUUUCAUAGGUCUCCUGUCUGCCUCCCCUCAUUCAAUUCAGAUUGAAUUUCAAUUGUGGAAACAUGGAUGCAUGUGCAGAACCUAAAUGUUCUGUGACUAGCUGCUGUAAAAGACUUGAGUUUCUCAUCCAGUAAUUGGUACAUUCCUCUUUGGACAUUGUAGAAUACUUAAUCCAGCGUUGUAUAUACUCGACUGUAUAUACUCUUAAUCAAAAUUCAUUGACAAGGAAAGCUGUAUAAGAUCUGUAUAAAUCAUUCAAAUUAAGCACUUUGUAUAUAUAUUCAAUUCUCUUUUGGCUCAUGGGAAGGGGAGAAGAGCUCUGCAAGGCACUGACAACUUGAAAAUCCUUUUGCGAUUGGCCCCCCCACUUCUUUCUUUGAUUUCACCAGGCACUGCCUGUGUUCUUUCAAACCUCUUUGCAGCCUUAAGGUCUAAAAACUAGCUUUAAAAAAACAGACAAAAACUUACAUUCUUGGAAUGUUGAAUUUUGCACCCCAUACUAAUUUCUGUACUUGUGUGGUGCAAUGACCGAAUUUACACCCUCCACCUCCCGACUAAAUCCACCUGCCUACUUGGAUCCUGCUUUUCUCUCUGAAUUUUGGCUUCUAAUAGCCUUUUGCCUGAAGUGCUCACCUUUAGUGCUUUCAACACUUCUCCCUUUUGCCGCUUCAUCUAAGUUUGCAUUAGCCAUUUGCUAAGCUUUGCAUAUUUUUGUCCCUCCUCUGUCAAGCAGUUCGUCGCUUGGAAGGCCCGAUUUCUGCCUCCUGGUGGGACAUUAGAUCUCGCACUGUAUUAAACUCUCUGCUUUGUCUUGUGCAGGUGUUGGCUUUUGGAAAGAGGCAUGGUGUGACUUUUAACAUAAUUCUCUCUUUUUUUUAAUUAUUCCGCUUGUAUUGGCAGAGGGGUUAGCAGUUCUCUGCUUGAAGGCUUCUUUUUGGAACCAGUAAUGUAGAUCUGUUAAUUGCAGAAAUAUGUCAACUUAAAAUGGCAUGUGUGCAUGGUUUCACAGUUUGAACUCUAAAAAUAUAUAUAUACUGCAGAACUUGUAUCUUAAGAAGACUUUCUGUGUAGGGAAACCACUGUUAUUGGAUGGGUUUGAAUUUAAAUAUGGAAAGUGCUACAAGCUUAUAACUGAUCACUACACAUUUAAUUGUGAUGAGCAGGGGAAGUCUACCAUAGGAGUAGGUUUUAAAGAAGCUGUCAGUAGAGAUUUCGCUUUUUUUGUAUUUUUGUGCCGCUUUUCACUCACAUGAGUUGCAAAGUGGCUUUCAUACAAUAAAUAACAUAGUAGAACACCACAAAUGUAACAAAUUAUAUAAAAUAAUUAACAAAUCAUCAAUAAAACUACCUUUUAUAAAACACUAAUCUGUUUUUUAAGUUAAGAAAACAGCACAACCACAAUAAAAUGCAGAGUAUCUUCUGAAAAUCUCAGCAGGCUAUGCCUUACAUCAGGAUGCAGCCUUUGUGUCAUCAUUUGGAGGGAGAGGAGUUGUUAGAAACAUAUACUCUGUCCACACUUUUCCCUUGUAAACUGUCAUUUAGCAGUGGGCACAAAACAGAAUCUCUUGCUCUCUAGAGUUGCUCGCUCAGUAGGGCAGAGACACAGCAAUAGCUUCUCAGCCAUGGAGCUGGUUCCAUUUACCAGCAAGGAAAAGGCGACUGCAAGGUUGGGGUUGUGUGGACUUGCUUACAGAGCCAAUCCUUCCUUCCUACUGGUACAUCCACACAAUCCCUACUUUCUCCUUCCCGGCAACUCCAUGACCAGGAGGCUAUUGCUGCUUUUAUGUCCCAUAAGACGAGCCACCCCUGCUUGCUUUGUCUGCAGAGCAGAAAGUGCUGUAGUGGAGCCACAGAGGCUGAAUCCCAAUUAGGGUCCACGGAACUCACCCAUGGGGUCCGGGGCCCCAUCCCUUGCCACCCCCCUCAAUUAAUUUUAUGUCACUUUUUUCAUGGUAACAUCACAAAUGUUAUGGUCUGUUUUAGGGCUGUGCGAUUUUUUUUCAAUAUGUUGGCCAAAAUCAGUUUUGAAAUCACACUCUGAUAACAAUUUUGACCUGGCAAUACGCAGCACUCUCACAAGGGAGAGCAGGGCAGACGAUUUCAAGGCAACACCAAUAUCGCAUGAUUGCGUGCUUCUGAUGUCAGCAUGCCCGUGGUGUGUGCAGAUGCCACACGCCCGGGUUCAAUUUUGAGAUGGGGCGCAACCAGGGCCCCCACCCCCCGGCUCCCUCAUUGGAGCCUGGCUCCUCGCUCCGAGAGGCAUCUCCGCUUUCGAGUCAGGUCUGACCUGGGGGUGGAGUGAAGUAGAGGCGCUGAUGGCAGCAGCGUUGCCACCCCUCUUGUAGUGGGCUGCUUGCAAGAGGAAGCAGUUGGCUCCCUCACACCCCCAGCUUCAGCUUUGCUCUGGCAGAGACUCACGGCAGCGGCAGUGCCCUCUUGCACUGGGUGGAGAGUCGUCGUCGUCGUCACAGUGGCAGCUGCACUUCCAUGGCAGCAGCUCUUUCCUGUUAAGGCACGCAUGUCCAAAGUCUGUUUCGGGGGCCUAAUUCGGCCCUCCAUCAAUUUAAUCUGGCCCCUGUGGCAGUUUAUUUUCCUCAACAACUUCAACCUUAAAAAAGCUCAACAACUUUGGGGUAAAAUCCUUAAAAAGUCAAACAAUUUCAAUCCUAAACUUUGGUUGGCCCUUUGGUCGGCCCUUCACUUCAUCAAAUCUGGCCCCCUUUGAAAAAAAGUUUGGACACCACUAUGUUAAGGGCUUUGUGUGCGCCAGCUGCCAGCUCCUUUGCGUCCAGCCACACCACCGGUCCUGGGUCAGGUCUGACCCUGGAGGUGAAUAGGAGAGUCAAAGCAGUGUUGCUGCCGAGGCAGUAUUCUCAUGUUGGCCUGUGCCCAGUGGGUUCCCUCUCCCCUGCUCCCCCAUGGCGUGUGCAAACCUGGGGCAGAAAAUUGUGGGUGCCUGGCCACUUCAUGAGGAAUGUGCAGGGGGCCCUGGAGCACCCAGCCCCCCCUGCAUCUGGCGCCCAUGCCUUAUGCCGAGGGAAAACAAGGGAGCUGACGGUCCUCAUUUCAAGCCACCAUGGUACUACCUUCCCCUGGCACUGAGGUAGAGCAGCUUUAUUUAGCAGGAAAGCUGCCGCAGCCACAGUGGAUAUGCAUGUUCAUUGGCUGCCCCCUGACAGCAGCUUGAAGCACCCCCCAGUCCUCUCCCACUCAAACUACAUGCAGUGCAGGUGACUCUGCUUCCUCUUCUCCUCACCACACCCAUCCCAUCCCUGCAGCUGCUCCUUCCCUCAUGCCCACACCUGACCUGCAAGCACCCCACCCGCCCAAUCUCUGUGACUGCUCCUACCCUCAUCCCUAUGCCUGAUCUCCAAUUUCCAACAUUGUGAUAUAUUGGAAUAUCAUGAUGAUUAGCUGCUGAUAUACCACAAUGGUGAAAACCAGAUAUCACUCAGCCCUGGUCUUUUUUUUUUUUAGCAUACCUAAAAUCCAUUGCCUAUUAGGGGCUACCACCAAAAUUUUCAAAAGUAGGGCAUCUGGUCGGUCAUUCGGGAGCUUCAAAAGCUUUCUCCAGCCCGAACAUCACAGUGACUGAUACCAAAAGGCAUUAGCACGCUUAGCGAUCCUGCAGAGUAUUCACAGUUCGCGUAACAGACUCAAUAGCUCAGCAUUUUGGCUAAUCUACUUUAUUUACAUAUAAUAUAAUUGGAGCAUUCUGACUUAGCUCCUUCCUCUUUCUCAUCAGACAGCAAAGAGAAAGAGACAAAGGACAAAUGUCCCACUUCACGGAACACAGUAACAUCAAAACAUCCUGUCUCCGUCACUUCCCACAUUGUGGAAUGAAAACAUACACAGUCAUGUGAUAGAAAACAAUCUCAUGACUGCAAACACGGAGCAAGAAUCCUAACACUAGACACAUCAAAGAAGCGUUUCAAUUCAAUGCGUUGCAAACUUUAGGAGAAAUUGGGUUGGCAAAAAUGGAACUCCACAGCACCAUCUGGUGUCGUAGUGUUAGAAGGCAUAAACAACUUAUAUAAAGCGCUUUUUCUUUGCCAACGCAGCUGAGUCCAGAGUCUACUAGAAACAAAGUUUGCCUCUAAAGCCUGUCUAAAAUGUGUAGACCCUGGUAACUGAGAAAUAGUUGUAAGAAGUUAAAUUUCAUUUGUAAUCUAUAGCCAUUCUUUUUAUAAAAUAUAUGCUGAAGAUACUUAAAAACCCCUGAGAGCCAAAUUCUCUUGCAAUUCUAAUAGCUGGAUCUUAUGUGCAGUUGAUGUGCCUAAAGCCACUGUAAUAGCAAGUUAUCGAUUUCUUUAGGGUAUUUGCCCAAAGUAUUUCAUACACAGGCAAGGAAACUCUAUUCUUGUUCAUUUUACCUUUUGGAAUACCCACAACUUUUUUAUUUCUAUAAUGUGUGAUCUUCAAAGCAGUUGUUCCCCAACCAUUUGGACUGUACUUCCCUCCUGCCCUGUACCAGUAUCUGUUCUCCAAGUGUGGAUGCAGAGAUCCUUGCAUGGGUUGUGUGCAACAAGUUUGCUGCACUGUGCAAGCAUCUGUGAGCUGGUAUACUAAGUUAGUUGGUGAGCAGGGUAGGUAUUCAGGUAACUCCAAAAGGGCAGAUUUCAGGCUGAAAAUAUUUUUGUGAACAUUUACUUCCUUCCCAUGUGAUAACCAACCACUGGCAUUGGUAGAAAAUAAUACUAAAAACUCAUUCUCCCUCUCCCCACACACCCAUGUCCUGAAGUCCCCAAGGCUCACCCACCCCAAUAGUUUGGAAAUCACCGCCCCCCCAAUCCCGAGCCUGUCACUAAGCUGCUUAGAUGCAUUCUGAUACAUUUUCUGCAGUACAAUAGGAACAUCAAACUCUGUGGCAGGUAGCCUCUGUGAUGUAAACGUGACCAGAGAAGACGGGGGUGUUUUAUCCCUGAAUAUCUUGUUCACUUCCUUUUGUAAAAUUAUUUGUAGAAAUGCAUUCACAUGCCGUUAUCUCUGCAAGUUAACAGUCUACUUACUUCUUUUACUUUGAACAAAUUGAUUUUUCUUCCCCAGUCUUUAAAAUGUUAAUCUUAGUAAACCUUUUGUUUUUCUGUUUGCUGUCUUGCAGCAGGCUUGGCCUGGAGGCACCCAGCAGAUCUUGUUGCCUUCUACCUGGCAACAACUUCCAGGGGUUGCACUGCACAAUUCUGUUCAGCCUACAGCUGUGAUUCCAGAGACAAUUGGAAGCAACCAGCAGUUGGCCGACUGGAGGUGAGCAGAAAAGUUGACGUAAUCUUUCCACAUUACAUGUUUUGAGGCUUGAAACACAAGGAGAUGCAGGUAGAUUCUUGGACCUAAAAGAAUUGGCUUCCCAUGGACUGGACCUCCUCCCUCCCUCCACAGUCUUUGGGGUGAACAGUAGUGCAGUGAGAAGGGGAGGAAUCCCUGAAAAUAGGGUGGAGGCAAAUGCCGCAAGUGGGAGCUCCACGUCUGGAUGUUGCUUCCACCUAGUAUUUAAGGAUUUGCCUCCGCAGCCCGCUCCAUUCAGCAGAGUUUCCCAAGCCUCAAGAGUGACUUGUCCAAAAUGAAUGAUUGAACUCUUGCACCACUUUGAGAUGUAAAAUAAGCACUGAAACUUCAUCUCAUUUUCUAUAUAACAGGGGUGUGGAACCUGUGGUCCUCCAGAUUUUCUUAGGCGUGCAUCAUCUCUGACACACUGGCUGGGGCUGAUGGGAGUUGUAGUCCAUAGCAUCAGAAGGGCCUAUAGGUUGCCCAUCCAUGCUUAUAUCACUUGUUUAAUAGCAUUGUCUUGACCUCUGCCUUCUGAUACCUGUAUGCCUGACGCAAGUGUUUCAAGUGUGUGUAUAAUGAGUGCAUGUAGAAUUGGCAGUGAGACAGUGGAACUCCUUCUCCUGAGUUUGGUGAAGUUUAAGUAUGUUUUGAAAGCUAUGGGUUCUUUUCUUUUGUGGCUUUUGGAAAAAGGGCACUGUACUUUAUUGAUAAUCUACUAGGAUUAAGGAUGUAAUUCUCCUCCCCUCAUCCCUCUUGGGAAGCUUGUGGUGCUUGUCUGUUCAGAUAGAUUGGCAAAUCAAGGACAAACAUCAGAUCAUGCAUUCUAGGGCAGUCUCCCCUACCUCCUGGUGACCUCUAACUUGGCUAGGCUGGCUGGGGUAGUCCACCAUUAUCUGGAGGAGGGCACAAAGAUGGGGAAAGCUACUCAAUGAGUUGAUGCCUUUUCUACAGUACCUAAGAUGGGCAUUUCUGCAUUCUUUCCUUUUGCCUUUAGAAACGCUCAUUCACAUGGAAAUCAAUACAGCACAAUCAUGCAGCAGCCAUCUUUGCUGACCAACCAUGUGACUCUGGCUACAACCCAGCCUUUGAAUGUUGGAGUGGCUCAUGUUGUGAGGCAGCAGCAAAAUAAUGUCGUGCCAGCAAAGAAGAACAAACAGCCAUCUCAUAGUGCCACAAAGUAAGGACUUCUUCCCAAUGUUCUGGUUCUUAAACAAAAUAGAGAGAAAGCACUUUUCAAACAGACCCAUAUUAUUUAGACUCUGUGUGUUGCCUAAUGGCAAUAAAGUUAAAACUGGGUUAAAUCUUACUUUGGCAGUCCUGUUCUGAGAACUGUCUUGUAUUGGCACCUACAGAUGUUUCUGUAGUUUAGAAAUAGUUAAUAUAAGCCAUCUAAACGUGGAGUAUGAAAAAUCUGAAGCGGUGUUUGGGACAUUCACUGAUAUGGGCCUCCUGUGACUUCUAAUUGAUGUUAUUUUGUACUGAUUUGUACAUUGUCCUUUAAGCUUCACUAGUCAAGCUAGUAUAAAUCCCUUUAAAACAAGGGAGUGUCAAUAUUGCCCACCAAUGUAUUUGCUUAUGAUAACCAUCAUUGUAUUUUUCUGUAGGCCUGCAUCUACACUAGAGGCAAUUCCAUCUCAAGUCUACUCUCUAAUUGGGAGCAGCCCUCUGCGUGCCACAUCUUCCUCCUCCAAUGCUUUCCUUCCAGGGCAGGAGCAGCACCAGCCCAUAGUCAUUCCAGACACUCCCAGCCCCCCAGUCAGUGUAAUCACCAUCCGCAGUGACACUGAUGAAGAGGAGGACAACAAAUACAAGCCUGCAAGGUAGAGGUUUUAGCUCCUUCCUAAGGGACCAUUGCUAAUGCAGUCAUUUAGGGAUUUCCAAAGAUAAGUCAGGAAUACCACUCAAGAAUUUUUGAGCAGGUUCGUUUUUAAGUGUUGGGGGAUAGCCAUUGGAUUGUUCAUCUUUCUGUUGAGAUAUGAGUACUGCGCAGCUGCGAACAAGCAGCUGGAUGUUUACAUCACAUGAUGGGACUAACCGUGGGAUAGGAUGUUCCAGGGAUUUCUCAGGGAUUUGUUCUCUGUGUAAUAUGAGACCUUCCUGUUACUUGUGUGAAGGAAGUCUGAUGCAGUUGCUCGGAGAAGACUGAGCGAGCAGACAUGUUUUUUGUACAGUUGUACAGUCAGAAAUAAAGUAGAGAUGAAAUAGACUUUCUGACUGAUUUUCUUUCUCCUGCUAUGCAAGGGGGAAGGGGGUGUGCACCUUUCAUCAGGGGGGUGUCGCCUAUCAAGAUUUCCCUGGUCUGCCGGAAUGCCAGCCAGGGUAGGUCACCGGAGAAAGGCCCCGACAAGCCUGGGGAGAGGAGCCAGCCUUUCCUGAGGGGCCAGUUUCCAACACUUUCUUGGGACAUGGUGGAUAACUGAACACUGCUUUUAUAGCUCUGGUCGGAUGUUCUGGACAGUAUUCUAGAUCUGGUGGCUAGGGACCAAUACAGAACCAUUUUUAGUCAUGCAAGGAAGUUGUGGAUUAUGCCGCAUAGGUUUGUUCUGUAUGAGUCAACUAAACAGUAAGUGAACAUAAAAGAUAGUGUAAUAAAAUACUAAUUCCACUGUAAUUUGAGCUGGCACACUCCAGGGGAUAUCAGAAACGGUGCUUAGAGGAAUGUGAACUUUUGCCUUCAAACCUUAAAUUUCUUUGUCUUUAUAAAGGGUAAAAGCUAAAGAAAAUUGAGGGAGGCACAGAAUUAAAUAUAAAGCUGAGAAGGGGUGGGAGAGAAAAAGCGGUGCAUCUGCAUGGACUUGGAGAAAUGUUGCUUGAAGUUUCAGUUGUAUGAACCAAUUUAGACAUAAUACUUGCUGGGUUUGUCUCCCCUGACCUGAACGCUAAGGGGUGGUUGGGGGGCUGUGCUUUAGAAAAUGUGUGGAGUCAGAGUGAUGCAGUGAAUAGGAUGAUGGACUUGGACUGAAACACCUAGGUUUCAAUUCCUACUUCACCCUGAAGCUCACUUUUGGCCUGCUGCACCCACUCAGCCUACCCUAAUGGGGCAGUUUUGAGAAUGAAAUGGUGUAGUCCUCAUGUAUGCUCUGGGGAGAAAAGAUGGGGUACAAAUGUAAUACAUAAUGCAAUUCUUAGAAUUGUGAAGCUUGCAGCAAGUAGUAUUAUACCCCUUUAUUUGGCUCCUUUGUGUGUCUGAAUGUCCUGGAUAUACAUUUGGUGAAAUGUUGUAAUAAAGCAGUUGAAUGUUUUUCUCUUAGCUUGGGCAUGAAGCAGAGAUCCAAUGUCAUCAGCUACGUUACCGUUAACGACUCCCCUGAUUCAGACUCCUCGCUGAAUAGCCCCUAUGCAUCGAAUGCGCUUUCCACGCUCAGGAGCUCCGGGGGAACUCUAGAGCCAAGCCGAGGGGCAGCUGAAAGCUCCAACUCCCGCACCAUUAUUGUGCCUCUCAAAACACAGCUCAGUGACUGUAUCGUAGCCACCCAAGCCUCAGGUAAGAAUGGUUGCCAGCAAAACUGUCUUCCAUCAUGGAGCUCAUUUUCAUUUUAGUCUGUUGGUUUGUGUGUGUGUAUGUGUGUGUGUGUGUGUGUGUGUGUGUGUGUGUAUAUUAUAUAAUCUCAGCAACACAGACAGCACUCUGUUGUAUGUAUUUAUCUUUUGUGACCAUUUGUAUAUAUUUAAAAUACAAUAAAGUUGUUACUAGAGAGGGGCAAAGAUCUAUACAGUACAACUCUCCCCUCCAAUAUAAGAGUAUUUCUACUACCGCCGUCAUUCACUAAGUUACCUCUCUAUUUAUUUUAAUUGUAUUUGUGUCACUUUGCACGAGGCUUCCCAAAGUGAUAUACAAUAUAAUAACAUAUAUGAAACAUAAAAACAGUUAAAACAGUUAUCCAGCCAUGUGUUCAUUAUAGAUGUAUGGUUGCUCUUGAUGAGUGGAAGACUUGUUAUGCUGAGCAAUUUAAACAUAGGUUUCUUAUUUGGAUGGGCAUUUGCCCAGAGAACCGGCCUUUAAAUACUCAGAAUAGUAAGAUUAUCCUGAACUUGAAAUUGGAACUAGGUUGAGUGUUUUAUGGACCAUGCUUUGCAGAACACGCCCCCUCUGUGUAGGUGCUCCUUAGUUUGCUUGCAAAGCUAUCAAGUCAUUUUAGGAUAAUCCUCUUCACUUGUACAAUUAUUUCCCUCCAUAGUAACUGGUUGCUAUGCAUCUUUAACAGAGCUGCAUUUAAUAUUCCCCAGUUUCAAACUUUGUUUUGUGGAGAGAGCAGUUUUGGAGUAAUAAAAGUUCUGAUAACUGCUAUUUUUGUAAUACCUUCAUAGAAAUCUGUGGUGUGACCACACUUGGAAUACUGUGUACAGUUCAAUUUAUUACUGUCAUGCUGCAUGGCAAAUCAGUUUUAAAACUGAGCAUACUAGUAGAAGUAAUUUUUAAUAUGACAUGGACCUGCUGUUUAUUGUGGCAAGAGGGUGGGGGAAUUCAUACAGUCUAUGCUGGUUUCCAGCCACAGUAUCUAGUUUCAGCUCCUUUACAAAGUUAGGCUAUCUUGUGGACUAAACGCUGAUUUAACAUUGCAGGUGUCCUGAGUAGCCUGAGCAAGACCAAGCCGGUGGCGUCUGUAAGUGGACAAGCAUCAGGGUGCUGUAUCACGCCAACAGGAUACCGGCAACACCGGGUGGUGACAAAUGGUGUACAGCCGCUCAACCUUAGCCAGGUAAUCAGGGCUCUCCUUUCAGAUGAAUACUGGCUGCAGAUCCUGCUGUGGUGUUGGACAUUAGCAAUGACUAGUGAAGCUGAACAGUGAGAAAUACUCCAAAUGAUGAAGCACAAGGGAGCUGCUAUAGAUGGGAAUUGCAAGGGGUAGUAUAGGCAAGUCCCCACUUGUGCAUGACCACACAUGCAUAGUGCGGGGAACCUGGAAGUGGGGAGCACUGGAGUGCCCUCAUGGCUUGCAAGGAGACCCUCCCCAGGGCAUGAAGAGGAUGUCCUCUUUGGGCUCUGGGGAGGGUCUCCUCGGGAACCACGAGGAAUGUCUCCUUGUGAGCCAUUUCACUUAAUGCACACAGGGGCCCAGAAUGUAACCCCCACAUAAGUGGGGAGUCACCUGUAUUCAGGCAGAUUUGAAUUCAGUUGUCAAUUCUGUUUACUUCAUGUCCCUACAGUUUGGGACCAAAAUAAGGCCUGUGCACCAGAUCUGCCACACAUUGUUCCUUCCAGCACAUUCCAGGAACCUCUACUAUAUGAAAGGUUUUUGAGUUGCUGUGGUAUCUAGGCUUUGAGCCGCAUUCAGUGCUGGGGAGAGUGCCGUGUCACAGAAUCUUGGUUUUCAAGCUAGGCUAUCAUACUGUCUUCCUCUCGUGUUUCCAGCUAAACAUUUUGUGCUACAACUUGAUGCCAUAUUGAGCAGUUCUAAGUAAUAUCUAUCUCUCUUUAGAGCUGAAACCAGAGUUGGCUUUUGCCAUUAGUUUGUUGCUUCAGAAUAAGCAUUGAUAAUUUUAGAAUAUUUAGAAUUCGGAGGUAAUCUACUCUAACCACUUUCUUAGUGGAGUAUCUGCAAUGCAGGAUGCAACAGCAGCACCCCAGAGAAAUGGUUGUCCAGCCCCUGCUUUAAAUCCCUCCAGCAAAGAACCUCUUCAUUGUUUUAUAGCUCUUAAGUUCCUCCUAAUGUUUAGCCAAAAUCUGCUGCUCAUUAAUUUCCGUCCUGUCCUUUGGAACAACAGAGAACAAGUCUGUUCCAUCUUAGCCCUUCAAAUUAUUCAUCUACAUGGAUGGCUCCUAAUACGGGUUCUUUGAAUAAUGUCCGUCUGAAUGUUUUUAUCCAUUGCACUUUCCCCCUGCUUUGCAGAACCAGCAAGGAACUGUACUGGCUUCACAAGAGAGAAGUGGAAACCCAGCUCCACGGAGACAACAGGCCUAUGUCGCUCCCCUGCCCACAACGAUCGCUCAGGCUCCCUACACCUUCCAGCAUAGUAGCCCAGUGCAUCCCCACUUGGCAGCAGCAACGGCGAGCCAGCCUCACAUGUACACCUACGCACCUACUACUGCUGCCACUCUGGGCUCCACCAACUCCAUUGCGCAUCUCUUUUCCCCUCAGGGCUCUUCCCGGCACACCACAUACACGACCCACCCGAGCACUCUUGUGCACCAGGUCCCGGUCAGUGUGGGGCCCAGCUUGCUAACCUCUGCCAAUGUAGCACCUGCUCAGUAUCAGCAUCAGUUUGCCACCCAAUCCUAUAUUGGUGCUUCCAGAGGAUCUGCUAUUUACACUGGAUACCCACUGAGUCCUACCAAGAUUAAUCAGUACUCUUACUUGUAGCUCUUGGGCAGGGAUUAAUGGUAAUUGUUUUCAACUUGAUCGUAGAAGUGAUGAGAUCUGCAGUGGGUUUUGCAAUAUUCUAACAGCUCCACAACAGGAACAUCUGCAGAGUCGGAGGAGAAUAAUGGGACCACCUUCCUCUUGUUGACAAUUCUCUGUAUGCUGUCUAGAGUCUGGUUGUCACUUGGUGGAGCCCUGCUGUUUGGGGGAAAGCUCAGGUAAACACCGGGCAGAACCUUUUGAGUCAUAUUCACAUUCAGAUUUUACAGUUAAACUUUCAUGGAUGCUUUAAAAAAACAACAUCAAAGGCCUGAACCCCUGUUUAUUUAAAACUAUUGUUAUCUUAAUCAAAUGGGGAAAGGAAACCAAGGACUUUGUGAAAAGGCUGGAUUUUUUUAACUCUUAAACUUACCUUAGUACUUGUUUAAAUUAUUUUAGCAGCUUGCACAAAUCCAUAUUGCCACUAAAAAUGCACAUUUAACUCUAGGUUGCUAGGGCAGAUUUAUAAACUUGAGUUAGUAUUUUAAAGUUAAUUUUGUAAUUCACAUUCUUGAUAGGCAAUAGCUGAAUUCUGCAAAAGCAGUUACCUUCUCAUUUCUCUGUGUGUAUAUUUUAUAUAUGUAUAUAUAUAUAUCUAUAUAUUUCGCUCCCCAGUUUCUUGGUUUUAAUUGUCUUUUGUUUAAAGCUAGUGUAGCAAUUUUUAUUAUCAGUCUCCAUUUACACCAUAAAUCUUUUCCCUCUUGUUUUAAAAUUUUAAUGUAUGAAUCGCUAAAAUAAAGUUGAAUUUUGAAAAACAACAACCACAGAAAGUAUGAAUUUACUUUCUGUUGUAUGUGUGAUCACAGCCUAGAAUAUGGUUUUUGACUGUUUUGCCAGAAAGCUCUUGUUCUGUGUUGAAAGUGCAUAGGUUUGCGUUAUGACUUGAGGGCAGGAGCCACUGGGAACUUCUUCUGAUUGGGACUUGCCGAAUUGAAUAGGAGAUAACGCAUCACCUGUUCAUUUCCAUAGACUUCAUCAGGAGCUCAGACAAUUACACCCUUUCAGUUUGAUUUUUUAAAAUAACAUUUGGAGCUGGAUUCCUUUCCCAGAAAUGCAAGGGUCUCUUUCCCUUCAUAUCUUUCACUUCCUGAUCUAGUUAUCUGAGGAAUCCGAAUUUCACCAAAACAUCAACCUACUGAUAUGUACAACUUUUUAUACUCCUGCAAGCAUAUCCCUCUGGGAUCUUCUUGGCAGAAAACUUUAAAGCGCUCUUAUUAAGACUUGUAUACAGUAAGUGCAUGUAGGAAUUGCAAAAACAUGACACAUAAAUUGCAGAUUUUAAAGGUUUAUUACUGAAUUUAAAACUAUUUUAGAAGUUUUGUAAUGGUGGUGUUUUA